ACUUUUUACAAGGGUAGACAGUGAUAGGGCAAGGGGGAAUGGUUUUAAGCUCAAGGAGAGAAGGUUUAGAUAGGAUGUCAGGGGGAAAUUUUUACAGAGAGAGUGGUUAAGUGCUGAGGUGGGCUGCCCGGAGAGGCUGUGGUUACUCCAUCCCUGGAGGUUUCCAUGACCACGUUGGAUGGGACCCUGGGCUCUGUGCUUAGGAUUGUCCCAACCCAGAUGAAGGAUCUUGCACUUCACCAUGCUGAACUUCAUAAGGUUGGCAUGGGCCCACUUCUCAAGCCUGUCUGGGUCCCUCUGGAUGGCAUCCCUUCCCUUUCAUGUUCAACUGCGCCACUCAUCUUGGUGUUGUCUGCAAACUUGCUGAGGGUGCACUCAAUCUCACUGUCCAUGUCACCUACAAAGAUGUUAAAUAACGCUGGUCCCAGCACCGAACUCUGAGGAACACCACUCGUCACCAGUCUCCACUUGGACAUUGAGCCAUUGACCACAAUCCUCUGAGUGCGACCAUCCAGCCAAUUUCUUAUCCAGUAAGUGAUCCAUCCAUCAAAUCAAUGUUUCCCCAAUUUAGUGACCAGGAUGUUGUUCAGGACAAUGUCAAAUGUUUUUCAUAAGUCCAGGUAGGUGAUGUCAGUUGCUCUUCCUUUGCCUACUUACUGAUGCUGUAUCUCCAUCAUAGAAGGCGACCAGCUUUGUCAGGCAUGAUUUGUAUUUGGUGAAGCCAUGUUGUUUACCACCAACGUGAGGUUAACACCUCAUCUUUAUUUUCCAUGUGCCUUAGUAGGGCCUUCAGGAGGAUCUUCCCAGGCACAGAGAUGAGGCCAUGCCUGGCAAUAAAUAAAUACAGAGUCUAUAUUUAAUAUUUUACUCUUGUAAGUGUAUAGAAGAUAACCAUGUGUUAAGUAACUGCCAGCAUCAAUUCCUCAGGAGCUGAUCACAUCAAAGAGUCAUUUUUUCCCUCUGAAUAAAAAGAUAGAGCAAGCAGCACUGUGCAGAAAUUUAUACACAGGUUUUGGUGCCUCAUGCAUGCAUUGUGAAUCAACAAUAUAAUGUUGCUGAGAUAUUGGGGGAGAGCUACAUAACAGAUGGGAAAACAGUAGUAAUAAUGGCACAUAUAAGGUGAUUAAUAAUUUUUCCACUUUACUCAGCACCAGUGAGACUUCAGCUGUGUUUCUUGCACUGUCUUGGUUGUUUGAAUUUGCAUCUGGUGUUGGAGUCCAGAGGAGAACAACUAAAAUGAUAUUUUGAGCAUAUGCCUUUAAAGGCAGAGUGAAAGAAUUGUUUGUUUAGGAGCGAAUAAAAAUGAAGUGAGACUUUUAAGUCUUUAGACACCUAUGAGUGCUUUGAAGAAAGGACUGCAUUGUUUCCCAGUCCACUGAGAAUAUACUUAAAUGCAGGAAGGAGAGAAGAAUGUCAGACUUGAUGUUAGGGAAAAUUUCUGAUGACAGUUCUGACAUGAAUCAUUUUCCAUGUCCAGUGAAUAUAACUGAACAUUGACUGGGAAGGCUGUAGAGUCUCCUUUAUGACAAAGUUUCAGGCACAUGUUAGAUAUUAGGCAUUCACUUGUUAGGAAUGACACAGGUAUAGCUGAUGUGUCAGAUAAACAGGAUGUCUCUCCUGAGGACCAUCUCUAUUCUUUGAUUUCAAAAUAGAUACUCUGAUAUCAUAAGAAACAAAUCUGAGAAAAUAAUUUGGAAGAGAGGAAAGAUGCUUCCUAAGGGAACAAGAAAAGACUCAUGCAGCACAAGUAGGUGCAAGUGAAUGUUACUCUGAACAGGAGCAGAAGCUGUCAGGCUCUUUGUACACAGUUCCAAUAUUACAGUAAUGGGAGAGGUGGUCCAAAUUUACAUCCAUCAAAAACAAAGGCAGUAUGCUUUCUAACUUCAUAGGGGCGUAAGCACAAGCUUUGCACAGGACAUGAGGGGAAGAGAACAUGUGAUUUCCGAAGUUACUACUUGGUGAGAUUUAAAAACCAAUAUAUCAUUAUUAUUAUGUAGUCCCCUAAAACUUACCUGGUAUCCAGAUGGAAAUCCACUGUGAGUUAUAAGUUUGCUUACACUACAAAAUCAGACACGUUGUUUAUAAAGGCUAAAGGCCAUUCUUCUUCUUAAUUAAAAGAAGUAUAGAAAUACCAAAGCCUAAUCCUGUGGGCUUCAGUUAGGUUAAACUCAUCCUGGGAUUUGUGGGACUGACUUUUUAUUUUUAAUUAUGGACAUUGCUGUACAUCAUUAACUGCUUUUUUCAUCUGUAGGAAAGAGUCUUGCUUAUUACAGCACAGCGCUUUAAGAACUAUGGUUGAUAAGAUAAAUCUCUAUUAUGAGAUUGUUAUUAAAAAAUAUCUCUUUUCCAGAGAUAUCAAUACUUGCCCAGCCAACAUUUGUGUUUGGAAAGAAGGACCGUCCUUUGAAGAUUUCAUCUGUUCUUCCAAAAAACGUGCAAGAUCAUCAUCUUUCGCUUUCCAGAAGUCCAGCUCAGAGUCUAACGCAGUAAAGAAGAAGAACAUAUUCGUGACCUCAGCUCUUCUUCAACAAAACAUUGACAUCGAAAGUACAAAAGAAGGAUCCUUGUCAGAAAGUCAAUUGCGGAAUGUUAUUAGACCUGCCAUUUUACAACCCCCACAAGCCCUGACCUGUCCUGAAAAUCCUGUAGUGUCUCUAGUGACUAAGAAAGAAGCACAUUUUCAGUUAUCUGAAGACAACUCUUAUUCUAAAACAGCAGUGAAGUCAUCUAUUACCAUGAAUCUUUCCAGCCCUAAAACAGCACGAAUUCACUUGUUAGAAAACAGAAGUGUUCUAAGCAGCAGCAAUUCUGGUUUUGUGUUUGGAGAAAACAUGGUCGAGAGAGUUUUGAGCCCUGAAAAGCAUUCCACGUCAUGCAAUGAAGCUGAUUCAUACAAAAGAGAAAUGAAAUCUCUUUACAUAGAAUCUUUGCAUGUAACACAAACAGCUUUUUUGAGGAAUGCAACACUGACUGAGUCAGCAGUUGCCCAUAUUUCCAAGCCAGGGGAAAAAAUUCUGUUAGAUAAAGUUGAAGUUAUAACUGGAGAAGAAGAAGAGCACAAUGUAUUACAGAUUAACUGCAAGCUCUUCCUAUUUAAUAAACUUUCUUUAACUUGGACUGAAAAAGGCAGGGGAUCCCUGAGGCUCAAUGACACUUCUAGCAAUAAACGUGGAAUGUUGCAAUCAAGGCUGAUUAUGCGAAAUCAAGGCAGCUUGAGACUGAUUCUCAACACCAGACUAUGGGGUCAAAUGGUGAUAAAAAGAGCAAACAAUAAAAGCCUGUGCUUCACAGCAACAGAUCAAGAGGACCACUCUGUUCAAGUAUUUCUAAUUCAGGCAAGAUCAAAAGAUGCUGGAUAUCUGUAUGCAGCAAUACAUCACCGCCUUGUGGCAUUGCGAAGCUGUCCUGAGCAAGAAUCAGAUGCUAAUCAAAUAGACACAGAGUCAGAAACAACUUUUCAGCUAUUAAACUGUGACAGUGAUGAAGAUGAUGAAAAAAUAACUCACAUGAGCAGCAGUGGAUCUGAUCAUUCUAGAUGGAGCCGCAGGCAGCCUGUAGUCUGCUCAUGACAUUUACCACAGUUUACAACAGACUACUGGGGACUUGUCUUCCCAAAAUGCUGAAGACGCAUCAGGACCUGGAAGAAGGAAAUCAGAAGAAUUUUGUGUUAUGACUUUUAAGCAAAGAUGAAUUUUAUAAACAGUUUAUGUUCAAUACAUUGGGAAGGAACUUGAGAUGCACUUUUGAGGGUUCCAGUCAGCCUGCCUUGCUCUGAGAUAAGAAUAACAUGAUGGCUUCCAGUGUUCAAGAAUGGUUAAAACAGCUUCAGAUUUUAAAAUUAAAUAUACUUAGAUGCAUUAUUAAAGUAAGGAAUUUUAUAGGGAAUGUAUGUUUAUUCAUCUCCUUGAUGGAAAAAACAACACACAUAACAAUUAAUAAUAUACCUGAAAAGAUAUUUGAUAUUUUUUGUCUGCUAAUUAAAAGAUACAUUUUGAAGACUUAAAAUUGGGCUUCUCUGAAAACAUUUCUUAAAUUUGCCUGGUAAUACUCAGCAUCCUGUUUGUAAGUACAUGCAAGCAGAAUUGUCAGUGGCAGUUCAACAUGACGAAGGCCAACAGAAGUCAACUUUUUUUUUUUUAAAUAUGUGGAUUGGUCACUGGAGAAUUUUGUUAAAGGGCAAAGAAUUAGGUUACAUCCAUGAGAAUACAGUAUGAAGAACUGUAAGUAGAAGUUCUAGGGGACAUCUGAGCUUUACAAUCUAAAAGUGAAUCCGUUUGCACUUAUGAACAUCUUUUUGCUUGCAUAGAACAAGCACUUGCACUGUUAACUGUCCCUUUGAUAUGUAAAAAUAAAUGCAUGGACAUUAUAACUACAGAUCUGCAUAAGAAUUUAUCUUAUAUUUGUGAGAUUGUCUAAGAUUAUUUCUGCCUUAUUAUUAGCUGUAGUUAUCCCUAAACAGCAUGAGAUUAAUACAUUAGUCAAAUAUGUGCAAAAAUCCAAUCAGUGCCAAAGACUCAAUCACUCUGCAAAAGUGAUUCCACAAAAUAGCCCACUACCUAGCCAUUCUCAUGAUUAGAAGGUCAGUUCAAAUUAGAAGGUCAGUUUUCGAAAUCCCACCUGUGAAUUAAGACUUUCCAGAUCCUUCAGGAGCCUGUGCACAGUACAGGCACCAUUUAGUGCUCUGUGCUUUCUGUUCUUUCUGUUAACAGGUAAAGAAAGUGUAUGUCUAUAGUCAUUCUGCUGCAGACUUCUCUUGCCUUGUAUAUUGUUGGUUAGAAAAUAUUAAUCCCUGGUCAUUCUCAGGGCUGAAAAAAAAAAUUGCUCUGAAGUAUCUGAAGUCCUUUUAAUUAAGAAAGUUGUAAAUAUGUAUCAACCUUAAAAGCUGCAUCACACCUGAAGGGUCAAGUUAGUUUAGCCUUCCCAUCUGAACAUAUGUAUGAAGUUGGAAGAAUUCCAGCUUCUUCCUGAAUUCUCAAGAACAGAGUCCAGGUGAAGCUGAACUAGCAUCUGGAUUACACUGAAUCUUAGAUAGCCUGCCAAAAUUUGCACUUCCCUGAUUUCUGGAUGACAGGAAAUUUAAGUGGGACUGGAUUUUUGCCGUGGCAAUAGAGCAUCUGUCUCAAAUAGUGAAGCACUGGAACUCUUUUUCAAUCUUCAGUUUGCUGAUAAUGGAAAUGUUCUUUCUAGAGCAGCUGUAUAUUGUGUCCUCCUAUGGCAGCCUUGCUCCUCAGCACAUUUCUGUUAGUGACCUUCAUAUUUCAUUGCUGCAACUCAUACUCAGGAACAAAGCUCCAUGUUACCGAAACUUCAGCAGUUGUAAAAAAAACAGCAGUCCUAUGUAUUUAGCAACAGGUCAUGGUGAGAACUUUGCCCUGGAGCUCACCUGGUUAUGCACUGAAUGUAGAGUUUGAUUUCAAAGUCUGCCCUGGUAAUCAAAGCCUUCCCUGUACCUGAAUUUAAGUACCAGAGUGUCAUCAUGUCCCACAACUUCUAAAUUCUGAUACAGCGUGUGCAACAGAAUUUUUGCAGACAAAGGACUUAAAAACUUUGUAAUAUGCUUCCAUGGUGAAAGUAACAAAGCUUAUGAUCAUUCACAAAUUAAAAAAACCUCUCUACUGAGCUGCUUUUUCCCGAGAUUGUAUUAUACAUACACACACCAGUAUAUACACAUAUGCUCAAACAUACACUUAAAAAUGAAGCUACAUUUCCUACUAGCUGUGGAGGAAAAGAGAUGUUUGAAUAUUUUGAGGAGUGUGGAUACUGCGGUAACUGAAGACAUAAAUACAUGUAUGUGCAGACAUAUUUGUGGCAUGAAGUUUUACUCUUGAGAUCCUAAUUCAUUAUUUAUUCUAUUUCGUGUUAUUGCACUAAACUUCGGUGUUUCUCAAGAAGGUAUGCUGGUAUGUAAUAUAUUAACUUGGUUUUGAAAAUGUAACAUUUGUCACUUUAUGACAGCAGGAGCAACAGUUUCUAUGUCCAAACAAUAAACAAUUUUCUUACAGCUUUUAUUUC